CCGGCCGCAGCGCUUGGUCCCCCAGCUGAGCGCCUCACCUGCCCAUUCAUGCUUUGCUGCGGCUGCUCCGUCAUCUCGGUCAUGGCGCAGCGGAGCUCACCUGGGCGCUUCUUCCUCGCCCCGCGGCUGCUGCUGCUGGUCUUCCUCCUCCUGCCGGCGCUGACGGCGCAGGCUGGGAUGCCGGGGGGCCUUCAGGAGCAGCCCGUCUCCGACCCGGAGGUGCAGAAGGCCGCUCAGUUCGCCCUGGCUGCCUACAACCAGCGGAGCAACAGCCUCUACUAUAGCCGGGCGCUGCGGGUCGUGAAGGCGCAGAGCCAGGUGGUGGCAGGAAUUAAAUAUUACCUGACGGUCGAGGUGGUUAACACAACUUGUGCAAAGAACAGAGGAGGAGGAAGACUGACUGCUGUCGACAUAGAGCGGUGCCCGCUGCCCCCAAACGCAGAACAGCAGAAGCAAAUCUGUGAAUUCCAAGUUUGGUCCCGUCCUUGGCUGAACGAUACGCAGUUGACGUCCAUGAAGUGUAAACCAGCCAGUUCCUGAACCUUGGGCCUCGAAGCCUCUGCAAUGGGCCUUUGGCAACCUGCUUGUAUCGGCUGCCGGAUGAAUUCUGGCCAGCCUGGGUUCCUUAGGCCAAGCUGCCGGCCUUCUCGAACAAGCCUCCAAGAUUCCCUGUUUGGAGAUGAAAAUGUGGGGUUUCCCCCUGCUAAUGGGGACACCCCGCCCAAUGAUCUCCGAACAGACUGUGGCUUGAUCAUCUUUUGCUUCUGUCCAAAGCUAAAGCUUUCUCGGUGUGUCUUGCUGGGAUCUUGAAGGGGAAAUAAAAAUAAAAUCUAAAAUGACCCUA